CAUCCACCAGGUGCACAUUGAAAGAUUGUUUAUUUAGCUUUAAAAUUAGUUUUCUUGUGCCUUUCAAUGGAAGACUGCUGUUUUUGAGAUUAGAAUACAACAUGCAACACAUUCAAGCUAAAAAAUUAGCGCUGGAAUUUCGUUUCCUUAGCCUUUUAAGAAGUUUAGGAACAUCAAAUUUUGUGCUAUCAGAUUUUUCAUUUUAGCGUCUUAGUGGAAUAAUAUUUAUUUUACAUUUUACAUUGGUUCACGUUUUCUCUGCUGCAGUGAGCAUUUCGAAAGAAAAAUAAUGCAUCUUUUCGCAACGGUCGUGCUGACCUAUCUGGUACUUUCAAACAUGACUGGACAGCCAGCCAAGUGUUUGACGGAAUCAAACUGCCUGUCCUAAGAUGUUUACUGGCAAGCUAAGGUACAAGCUAUGGACAAGCUAUGGUUAUCACUUUUUUUUGCUACGAUAUGCCUUUGGUGUUCAUGUGAGUGUGUCAUGUUUGGGGUAUUACAAAGCGGUCAAAUGCUUGCCGCACUCGAGCGACCGUAUAUUUGCAAUUUAUUCUCUUCUAACCUCGCAGGAAGAUGCUGGCAACCAUUGCAAGAUCUGGCAAAUGGCCCAUUGUUGUUUUGCCAGAGAGGCUUCUUCCCACUGGCCAACUCACCUUUUGGUGCCGGUCGAAGCAGCAUUCCGGGACGAUGGGGAGGGCAAGAGCAACUCCUCUUCCUUGAGAGGCGAACUGGUUGAGUUGCAACCCACAAUUCGGCCACGACAUGAGGGCAUGUACCACUGCGAGUUCUGCCCUUAUUCCAGUCAUAAUCUUCGUGAUGUCACCAAGCACGAAGGGAGACACACUGGAGAGAAGCCUUUCCACUGCUCUGUCUGCGAGAGAGCGUUUGCUGUACGCGGUAACUUACGGAUUCACAUGAGGACUCACACGGGUGAGAAACCAUUCCGUUGCAAGGUCUGCCAGAAGGCGUUCGCCAGAAGUAAUGUCCUGAUGAUUCACAAAAGAGUACACACGGGCGAGAAACCAUACAAGUGUGGCAUCUGUGAGAAAGAAUUUUCACAUAAAUGCGGAUUGUUGUAUCACGAGAGAACUCACAGUGGGGAGCGGCCUUACAAGUGUGAUGCCUGUGGGAAUACGUAUAUACAGCGUUGCGAUUUAAACAGCCAUCGGAAAAGAGUGCACGAGUGAGAGAUCUACGUCAUGCAAUAUCUGGAGGUAUGGAAUAAUUCUUUCAUGUUUCACUGUGCACUACUGUCUGUCUGUUGUCUGUUCCAAUGAAAUUGAGAAAUAGAGGCACAUAUAUCGGCUCUAACCAUUAUCAGUUACAAUUAGGCAACAGCUGCAGUACUGCUCUAUAGCAUUUUUUGCACUUUGGCAGCUUUUAACUUUAUGAUUAUUUUUGUUUUAUGAUGUAUAAAUCUAAUUUGAAUUGUUCAUUUUGAAUGGAUUAAUUGCAUUGCAGCUUAGUAAUUGUAUUCUAUGUCUAGAUUUUUGUGGUGACAUUUUGAAAAGUGAUUCCUCCAAAGUUCUCUGGAUUUCCAUGCAUUGUUAACGUAGUUCUUCGAUUCUCCUCCGUUCUUUGUGGAUUCAGUGAAUCGCAAAUAAACUACUUUCCUCUAAAA